AUGUCACGACAUCAAUAUGAUUUAAUUCAAUGUAUGAAACAACCAGGUAAAUCAAUAGGAUUAUUAUGUUCAAAUUGUGAUGGGAAAUGUCCGAUAUGUGAUUCAUUUGUUAAACCUACUGAACAAGUUAGAAUAUGUCAAGAUUGUUCUCAAGGUCAUCUUUCUAAUAAAUGUAUAUUAUGUGCUAAUAAUUUAGGAGAAAAUAAUGAAAAUGGUGUACUGGCUUACUAUUGUCUUGAAUGUGUAAGGUUAGAAAAACAUCGAGAAGGUUGUCCAAGAAUUAUAAAUGUUGGUGGUACUAAAACUGAUAUGAUUUAUAUGAAAAAGAAAGAUAAUAAAUCAAGUCUACAAGGAUUUUAA